AUCGUGUAGGGUGGAAAAUGGUAUAUAUCCACCUGCUCUGAAUGCCAAGCUUCACAUAAUAAUGGCUCUGACAGAAAAACCAAACAUUGUAAUAUUGGGCGGAGGCUAUGCUGGAGUCAAUAUAGCCAUAAAACUCGAAGCCGCAUUGCACAAAACUCAUCAAAUCAUUCUGGUUGAAC